AAGCACAGCUGCACCUCUAGAGUGUCCUCUUAAGAAGAACUCAGAACUACAGAAAUAACGGCAUCAACCAGUACAACUCAACUAUGCCCAUCACAACCACCCCUGACCUCUCCAACACGGCUUCGCCCGCUGCCAGCCCCGUCUACUUCUGGCGUCCACACGAAGAAGGGACAGGCUACCUGGGCCAGUGGUAUCCAUCCCCCUUCACUGUAUCGGGCGACACAUACGCGACGUGUGAGAUGUGGAUGAUGGUGCAGAAAGCGCGGCUCUUCGGGGACGAGGCGGUCGCGAAAGAGAUGCUGCAGACUACGGACCCGAAGCUGCACAAGGCGCUGGGACGGAAGGUUAAGAACUUUGAUGGUGCGCUGUGGGAUCAGAAUAAGUUUGAGAUCGUGGUGCAGGGCAAUAUACAUAAAUUCACGAUUGCGGAGGAUGCGGAGAGUAUGAGAAAAUGGCUGGUAGCGACCGGUGAAAGGGAGUUGGUUGAGGCCAGCCCGUUGGACCGGAUCUGGGGUGUUGGGUUUGGGGAGAAGAAUGCUGGUGCGAACAGACAUCGCUGGGGUCAGAACUUGCUGGGGAAGGCGCUCAUGGAAGUGAGGACAAGGCUGAGGGAGGAGGAGAGCAAAAAAAAGUAGACUAGAGCAGCUUGAAGACCGC